CGUCACAAUCGAAACUUAUCUUACCCUCAGCUGCGACAUUGAACUACAAGCAUCUAAACGACACUAACAUCACUGCAUCUUCCUUUCUAGAUUUCAAUAUCCUUAACAAGAGCUGAUUUCACUUGGAUCGAUCCCGCGAACACAGCCAAUAUGAACCCGAAAAUCCAGUGCCAGUGCGGCAAAAUCCUCCUUUACGCGUCUCGACCGGAACCUAUUGACGUCUACUGUUGCCACUGUCUAGAGUGUCAGAAACAGUCCUCUUCUGCUUUUGGCACUUCAGCUAUUUUUCCCGCAGAGGGAAUGUGGCCGCUUCCAGAAGACAUGCGCUCCAGACUGGGGCUCUGGGUCCGCCCCACAGAGGCGGGCAACACGCUUGAGUGUUACUUUUGCAAGGAAUGCGGCGUGCGAAUUCUGCAUAGAAGCAUUUUGCCGGACGGGACGCCCAAGCCUACGCUGAGCAUCAAAGGAGGUUGCUUGGAAGGACUGAGCUGGGAGGGUGCGAAGCAUAUCUACACACGAUCAGCCAAGGUUCCUAUUCCCGAGGGAGGUGAUCCGGGGUCGCCAAAUUUUUGAUGUGGACCUGGAACUGGAUGGGAUGCAUAAGUAUAGCUGUGUUGAAUUGAACGCAUUGCUUGAUGCCAUCGCCGCCAUUGGCUGAUCACUGAAUACCCCCAUCAUGAUGCUCUCCGAUCCAGAGGCGCCACUUGUCCAAGAUCUGACAUAAAAAUAGCUAAAUAAGUUUCUAGAUUGGCCCAGGACCAAAGAAACAAUGG